UGCUCUGGGACAUUCUUGUCAUGUCUUCAACAACUUCAGUCCCCAGACACCCGCAGCGACGCGAGCCGGUUUGAAGACAGUUCCCCCAGUCGGACCGGUUGAGAGGACGCGGAGCGUCAUUUCUCCUGCCAGACCUCGCUGAAACUUUUGUCGGUAAACACAACGCGGAGAGGCGGAGAGGCGGGCGCAGGACCCGCAGCCUGUGUGUCGGUCACCGGAGACGAUGGGAGACUCUCACUAGAUCCACUACGGCACGGAAACACCAUGGCUGUGGACGCGGCAUCCAGUUUCAGUUUCUGCAGGCCAGCUGUGGAGUACAGGGCUCUGCCUGAGGGCUUCAAGCACCAGCUGAGUCGACGGACAGGUGGGAAUCUAACCUGGCAUGAUGGGCGUGGCCAGAAAACCGCAGGAGGCAGGACAGUGAAGCUGCUGCAGCAGCCAGGCACAGACGCCCUCCAGUACCGAUCCAGUGACAGUUAUGGGAUAUAUCACACAAGCCCAACACAGCCCAGUCUGAUCCGCCCUGUCGUGCUCUGGUCCCAACAAGAUGUUUGUAAAUGGCUGAAGAAACACUGUCCACACAACUACCUAACCUACGUGGAGGCGUUCUCCCAGCACGCCAUCACAGGCCGUGCGUUGUUGCGACUGAAUGGGGAGAAGCUGGAGAGGAUGGGACUAGUACAAGAAACACUUCGGCAGGAGCUGCUGCAACAGGUGUUGCAGCUUCAGGUGCAGGAGGAGGGACGCAACCUGCAGCUGCUCAGCAGAAGCGAGGGUUCCUUUGGAAGGAUAUCAUAGCCAGAUUGCUGGAAGAAGUGGAAAUGAUGGGAUAUUGACUCAAAUAAAAAUGUGAAUUAGAUGUGGGCUGCAUCCAGCGAGCAGCAGCAUGAGUUCCAGAGUGGGGAUGUUGAGUGGAAGUUGGCAGCCUUUCAUUCCCUCUCUGCACAACAGACACAGACACGGACACGGACUGACUACGAACUGUGAUGAAAAAGCACCGAGACAAUCUGCUUUGUCGAUUUAUUGCUCUAUUCUGUGAUUCAUUGUUUACCAUUUCUCUCUUCCUCUCUCUACCUCUUUCUCUCUCUGUAAGACUUUUUUUAUGUUAAAAAGCAAAACAAA